UGCUCCUCCAAACCGACUUUUGGGGAGCGAGGACCGCCAGCCCUCCGCGGAGGCUGCGGGGGUGUAAGAGGGAGGGCGCGGGGCGGGCGCUGCCGCCAGCCCUUCCCCCGGCCCGGCCCGCCGCGGGGCCGUGGGCUGCUCCGCGGGGCGGUGCGGAGCGGAGCGGAGCGGGGCGCGGCUCCGGAGGCUGCUGCGCGCCAUGCGGGCUGGCUGAGCGGCGCCGGCCGCCUCCAACUUUCCCCGGGAAGGAUGGCCUCCAAUUUCAACGACAUCGUGAAGCAGGGCUACGUGCGCAUCCGGAGCAGGCGGCUGGGGAUUUAUCAGAGAUGCUGGUUAGUAUUCAAAAAAGCUUCAAGCAAAGGACCGAAGAGGCUGGAGAAAUUCUCAGAUGAACGAGCUGCUUACUUUAGAUGCUAUCACAAGGUCACAGAGCUCAAUAAUGUGAAGAAUAUAUUACGAAUGCCAAAAAGCACAAAGAAGCAUGCUGUUGGGAUUUAUUUUAAUGAUGACACAUCGAAAACCUUUGCUUGUGAGUCAGAUUUUCUGGGCAUUUAUACAGAACUUGAGGCAGAUGAGUGGUGCAAAGUGCUGCAGAUGGAGUGUCUUGGAACGCGAAUUAAUGACAUUAGCCUUGGAGAGCCUGACUUGUUGGCAUCUGGAGUAGAGAGGGAGCAGAGUGAGAGAUUCAAUGUGUAUUUGAUGCCAUCCCCUAAUUUAGAUGUGCAUGGGGAAUGUACCUUGCAGAUAACAUUUGAGAAUAUCUGUCUUUGGGACAUCCAGAAUCCCAGAGUAAAACUCAUCUCUUGGCCAUUAAGUGCCCUCCGACGCUACGGGCGGGACCCAUCUUGGUUCACGUUUGAAGCAGGGAGGAUGUGUGACACAGGAGAAGGACUAUUCAUCUUUCAGACCAGAGAUGGGGAAGCAAUCUACCAGAAGGUUCACUCGGCGGCUUUGGCCAUAGCAGAACAACAUGAGCGCUUGUUGCAGAGUGUGAAAAAUUCAAUGCUGCUUGAGUUAAAACUCCCCUCAGGGGAAGCAGUGCUAGCCCAGGACCAGGGGAACACCAAGCUUCAGAUGAAAAUGAGUGAGCGAGCCGUGUCCCUCAGCACCAUGGUGCCCUUGCCCCGCAGUGCGUACUGGCAGCACAUCACGCGACAGCACAGCACUGGCCAGCUUUACGGUCUGCAAGGAACUGGGAAAGAAAAUCUGAGUGGAGAUGUUUCUGAGAGGGAGCAACAGAUAAAGCAGGGAUGUUUCUAGCCCAGUGAAGCUUCAUCGCACGGACACUUUUCCAACCUACAGGUCAGACCAUCGAUAAAAGACUGCAAAGAACUUUAAAAACUCUUUGUCUUCUGACAAGCUGCCCCAGUGGAUGACAGUGAUAAUGAUAAGCAAGGAUGGAAAUGUGGAAAAUUUCAGGUUGGAUGAAAAAUUCUUGCAAUACAAAGGUUUUUUUAAACUUUGCCAAAAGCUGAAACUAUUCUGUAGAUAUUGGGGAGCGGAAAAAACCCAACAAACCCUCCAGUGUAUCUUUUAUAUCUUACAGCUGGACAGAGAAGAAAUCACUCCCUAAGUAUUUCCAAAUGUUUUUGUAUGAUAGGUAUGUUGUAAAUACACAAGACUUUCCUGUUGUAGUGUGGUUCCAUUUUGUCUGUUACAGCUGUGUGUUCACUGAUGUCAGCUCUGUCAUCCUUGUUUGUUGUAACGCUUAUCUUUAGUUACUUACGUUAUUGUUCAGCUUAAUCCUUGACCUUUGAAAUGGUGGCCAGUUUUAAGCAGCUAUUGGAUACAAUUUUUCCUGUUUGAAGCCUGAUGAAGACUUGAUUGAUUUCUUUUAAAAGCACCCUCUAUCUUCUAUUUCCUGUAUUUAUUUCCAUCUCUGUAAAUGUUUAAAAUAAUAAUAAUAAA